GGACCGCGAGGCUCUGCCUUGCGCAUAAGGAUGACAAGUCGAUAUCUGCUAUCUCGUCUGUUCGUCAUUACCAUCCUUCUGCAUCUCAACCAACAAAGCGCAAUUAAUUCAGAAAAAUUCUUAGAUUUGACUGUUCGAGAGCCUGCAGGAUCAUGUCCCGUACGUUACGUCCCGGAACCUUUGGAUCCUCUACCAGCUUCUAUGGAGAAUGCAUUGAAGGAGUUUGAAAAUGCUCUUAAUUUGCAAAUCAAUAAAACAUCACGGCCAGCUGUGUCUGCCAGUGUUGUGUAUCGUGGGCGGGAAAUAUGGGCUGGCGGUCUUGGAGUGAAAAGCAAAGAGCACGGUGGUCAUCCACUCAGCUCAACUGUUUACAGGAUUGGAAGUGUUUCUAAAGUCUUUGUGGUUAUCAUGGUAUAUCAGAUGCUAGAGAAAGGUUACAUCGCAUCACUAGAUGAUGAACUCCACAAGUACAUUCCUGAAUUUGAUAUCAAUAAUCCGUUUGGAACGAAAUCGAUCACACUUAGACAAAUGAUGUCUCAACUGUCUGGUUUACCUCGAGAAGCUCCUUGUCUGUAUGGUUCAAUAAAGACUUGCCACGGAACAACAAACGAGGAUAUUUACGCUCGAUUGAAACAGCAGUCGCUUAUUCUUCCACCAUGGACACGCCCAUCAUACAGUAAUCUGGCGUUUGCACUGCUCGGGAAUGGUUUAGUGAAUUUGUUGCCUAAUAUGACAUAUGAGGAUUACGUUCUCACGAUGAUAUUGGAGCCUCUCGGUAUGACCAUGACGGGAUUUAAUUAUACAAAAAGUGUCAUUGAUGAAAUGGCAGUCGGUUAUGAUCUGAAUGGGUCUGUGGCUCCGCUGACUGAUCUUGGUUGGCUUGGUCCGGCUGGUCAAAUGUACUCUACUGUGAAUGACUUAGCAAAGCUUGGUAGCUUUCUGAUGUCUUCUUAUGACUACAAGAGCCGAUCAUCGUCUGUAUUACAAAAAGAGACAAUAAGAGAAAUGUUACUGCCAUUGUUUCUUAACCCUGAUGGACUGACGCAGUUUGGAACUCCUUGGGAGAUGAGACUAAUGCAUAACUAUUUGGUACGGCGCAAGGGAGGCAAUGUACCUGGAUACUCAGCACUUUUUAGCUUCAUACCAGAGCUGCAACUUGGAGUCAAUAUUCUAUGGAGCGGAGCAAUAGAUGAGAACAAUGCUUCAGUAGUCGUGUACGAUAUACUGAUACCGGCUUUAACCAACGCCCUUUCUUCUGUACAACCAAAGCCUGGCUAUCCUUCUAAACCAGCAAACUAUGAAGGCACAUACAAAGCUGACAUUGGUGCAUCAGUAGCAGAGAUUCUAUCCAUCAAUGAUACUCUUGUUCUGACCGUUUCUGGUAUCAGUGUAUUUAUGGAGUAUGUGAAUGCGACCAUGUGUGUUCUCUUCAUUCCGUCUGAUCUCCUUCCGUGCAUGGAGUCUGAACUGUUUGGAAUCACUGGAGAUUAUGUCUACUUUCAAUUGGAUAAGUCAAGUGUCGCUCAGAAUUUUACGAUUCCCGGAUAUAUUUGGGGUGCCACGUUUAUCCGUACAAGCUGAGCUGCAUGCAUAGCUAGCUACAGACCCAAAAACAACAUUUCAGAUGAAAGUGCCUUUUGUGAGUGUUUCUGUCGGCUUUGACAACUCGUAUGUGUGCUGAAACUGCUUUGCAAUGAUUCUCUCGCGUGCUGCAAUUAGUUAAUUAAAUUAAUUAUCAUUUUACGAAGCCGGACGUUCCUUUGUGCUACUUCAUUUAGCUA